AUGGUACAGACAAAUGCCAACAGAAGGAGAACUGUAGUCAAAACAUGUUCUGACUCUGAGAGUGUGUCCUGCAUCCAGGACUGUGAGAGUGUGUCCUGCACCCAGGACUCUGAGAGCCUGUCCUGCAUCCAGGACUGUGAGAGUGUGUCCUGCACCCAGGACUGUGAGAGCCUGUCCUGCACCCAGGACUGUGAGAGUGUGUCCUGCACCCAGGACUCUGAGAGCCUGUCCUGCAUCCAGGACUGUGAGAGUGUGUCCUGCAUCCAGGACUGUGAGAGUGACUCUGAGAGCCGGUCCUGCAUCCAGGACUCUGAGAGCUGGUCCUGCACCCAGGACUGUGAGAGCCUGUCCUGCACCCAGGACUGUGAGAGUGUGUCCUGCACCCAGGACUCUGAGAGCCGGUCCUGCAUCCAGGACUCUGAGAGCUGGUCCUGCAUCCAGGACUGUGAGAGCCUGUCCUGCAUCCAGGACUGUGAGAGUGUGUCCUGCAUCCAGGACUGUGAGAGCCUGUCCUGCAUCCAGGACUGUGAGAGUGUGUCCUGCAUCCAGGACUCUGAGAGCUGGUCCUGCAUCCAGGACUGUGAGAGCCUGUCCUGCAUCCAGGACUGUGAGAGCCUGUCCUGCACCCAGGACUCUGACAGCCUGUCCUGCAUCCAGGACUCUGAGAGUGUGUCCUGCAUCCAGGACUCUGAGAGCCUGUCCUGCAUCCAGGACUCUGAGAGCUGGUCCUGCUCCAAGCACAAUGGGAAAAGUGCUGAUUGUGUCCUUCUACUUCAGUGCCCAACAGGGCUGCAGGGACCGACGCUGUUUUCCUAA